AUGUUUCUCUCCGAUUACUAUGCAAACGAAGCCUUCCCUGAAUUGUUCCCUUCUGCGGAGGAAAAUCCAACUGAAACGCAAACAGCUGGCUCAGAAACCGAGCUCAAAAUGACGCAAGAAUCCAAAGGCUCGUGGCUCUGCCAUCGGCUUUAUUCCCAUGCGGACUAUUCGGAUUUCAUGAUAUCAGGUGAUGGAAAGGAUUACCGGGUGCAUAAGGCAGUCGUUUGCCCGCAGUCCGAGUACUUCUCCACAGCAUGUCGCGCGUUCAAAGAAGCAGAGACAAAUAGGAUUGAUCUUCAAGAAGAUGAUCCUCAAGCCGUUCAAUUGAUGGUUUGCUUUUUCUACCACGAGGAUUACGGCGUCACCCAAAACGCCCUGACAAAAGAAGACCCGAGAGAGAUCCUCGGCCAACCGAUUGUUCCGCAAGAUAGUUCGCAACUUGAUACCCACAUCAAGGUCCAUGUGCUUGCAGACAAAUAUUGCCUUGAUAAGCUGAAGGCUCUCUCGCAAACAAAAUUCAGAGAUGCGGCUGCUUUCGCUAAAAUGCCUCGUCCUCAGUACUUUGAGAGCAACGGCCUGAUACGUAUCAACACAAUCGCUCCUAAAAUGCGAGAUUUGAUGGCGCGAUAA